UUCGCAAAGUCUCCUGCUCGUUGUUCUCUAGUCGACUUCCUUUCGCUAACAGUUCAGAGCCGAGAAAGCGAGAGAAAAAUCCUUCUCUUUUUUAUUUAUUUUUUUCCACUCAACCGAAGACACAAAACCUCCCUAUCGUUCGCUUCACCAGAUUACCUUUUUCCUUCGAUUGUGGGAUAACUUAUUCCAUCAACACCCUCUCUACCAAGCAAUCGCAAAGCGAUUCUUAGAGCUUUGGGAAAUUUUUUUUUUUCAUUUGUUAUAGGAAUUAGGGCAUUGAGUUAGCCGACCUGACUCGGGAGAGAAUGUUUUUCUCGGGCGAUCCGUCAACUCGGAAGCGAGUCGAUUUGGGGGGCCGGAGCUCGAAGGAGAGGGAUAGGCAGAAGCUUCUGGAGCAGACGAGGUUGGAGCGGAACCGGCGCUUGUGGCAACGCCAGCAAAACUCGGCUGCUCUCAAAAUUCAGAAAUGCGUCAGAGGGAGAAAGGCAGUUAAAGCUGAACAUUCUAAGGUGCGAGAGGAGUUCUAUAGAACCUAUGGAAAGUACUGCCAAAAUGUCGACAGGCAUUGUUUUGGCCCAGAUUCAGAGUUCCUGCGCCAUUUACUUUUUUUCUUCAAUGCACAAAAUGUUGGUGAUUUUGCAAUCCUUGUGGAUACAUGCCGAUCACUUCUGCAAUUUGUUCAAGAUGGUGGGGACACCGUGAGGCUCUUUGCAGGAAGGGAUUAUUCAUCCAACCAUGCUUUGGUGGACUACAGAGUGAAGCAACUAGUACAUGCUUGUAUUCAGGCGGUGCAUCAGAAUAGAAAUCAAUUGAAGGAGCAAAUAUUAAUGACAUCCAAGGAAUCUAGCACAUCAACGACUCUCUUGCUAGAAACAGUAGUUAUAUUGAUAGAUCCGAAACUUCCAUGGGUUUGUAACAUUGUUGGCUAUCUUUUGCAAAGAAACACAUUCAGUCUGUUUAGAGAGAUUGCUCUUACAUGGAAGGAAAGUUCAAAUGCUGGUACUUCAACUGGGAUAGUUUCAUCAUUGGAGCGUGUUCUUGCCAUUAUAAUUCCUCACAUUGGUCAGAAGCCAUGCACUUGUACAAAUAUUGAUCCACGAUGGAGUUUCUCAUCCCAGAUUCUUACAAUUCCUUUCCUGUGGCGGCUUUUCCCAUAUUUAAAAGAGGUUUUUGCAAGAAGGGGCCUAAGCCAACAUUACAUUCAUCAGAUGGCAUUUUGUGUGCAAAAUCGUGCUAACGUACUUCCUAAUGAUAUAUCCACCGAAUAUCCUGGUUAUGCCUGCCUUCUUGGGAAUAUUUUAGAAACUGCUGGAGUUGCUUUAUCUCAGCCUAACUGCUCAUUUGAAAUGGCUGUAGAUCUUGCUGCUGUUACAACGUUUUUGUUGGAGGCACUUCCUUCUUUGAAAUCAUCUAGUAGAGAAAGUAAAGAAAGUUCCAUGCUGGUUGAGGAUGAUACAACUGCAGGUGAUGAAGUAACAGAAAUUACCUUGAAUAGGGAUUUGGAACAACAGAUAUGCAAUGCUAUAGAACCCCGCUUUCUUCUGCAAUUGACCAAUUUGUUAUUUGGAGGAAUUCCAUUCGCCAGUAGUUCAGAUGAUGGACCGGAUGAUAAAGAGGUGGCAGCUGUUGGUGCAGCUUGUGCUUUUCUGCAUGUUACCUUCAACACUUUGCCUCUUGAGCGGAUCAUGACAGUUCUAGCUUACAGAACUGAACUUGUUCCUGUGCUUUGGAAUUUUAUGAAGCGGUGCCAUGAGAAUCAGAAAUGGUCAUCCUUGUCACAGCAGUUAGCGUAUCUGCCCGGAGACGCUCCUGGUUGGCUAUUACCCCUCUCUGUUUUCUGUCCUGUUUACAAGCACAUGCUUACGAUAGUUGAUAAUGAGGAGUUCUAUGAGCAUGAGAAGCCACUAUCAUUGAAGGACAUUAGAUGCCUUAUCAUUAUUCUAAGACAGGCCCUGUGGCAGCUUCUAUGGAUCAAUCCUACAACACCAGCUAAUUCCCUGAAAUCUGCCACCAGUGGCUCUUCUAAUAAGAAACAUCCUGAGGAAUUCAUUCAAGAAAGGGUUAGCAUUGUAGCCUCUGAGCUCCUCUCACAGUUGCAAGAUUGGAACAAUAGACGACAGUUUACAUCCCCCAGUGAUUUUCAUGCUGAUGGUGUUAAUGAGUUUUUUAUUUCUCAGGCUGGAAUAGAAAACUCCCGAGCAAAUGACAUACUGAAGCAAGCUCCUUUCUUGGUACCAUUCACAAGCAGGGUUAAAAUAUUCACAUCACAGUUAACGGCAGUUCGGCAAAGACAUGGAUCUCAUUCUGUUUUUACUAGAAACCGAUUCAGAAUACGAAGGGAUCAUAUUCUAGAAGAUGCCUAUAAUCAGAUGAGUGCAUUGUCUGAAGAUGAUCUUCGAGGAGUGAUUCGUGUCACGUUCGUCAAUGAAUUUGGAGUUGAGGAGGCUGGCAUCGAUGGUGGUGGAAUUUUCAAGGAUUUCAUGGAGAACAUUACACGAGCAGCUUUUGAUGUCCAGUAUGGUUUGUUUAAGGAAACAGCUGAUCACCUGCUCUACCCUAAUCCUGGGUCUGGAAUGAUACAUGAACAGCAUCUCCAAUUUUUCCAUUUUCUUGGAACUCUUCUUGCGAAGGCUAUGUUUGAAGGGAUUCUUGUUGAUAUACCAUUUGCAACUUUCUUCUUGAGCAAAUUAAAGCAGAAGCACAAUUAUUUGAAUGACUUGCCUUCACUGGACCCAGAAUUGUAUCGCCACCUUAUUUUCUUAAAGCAUUAUGAAGGUGACCUUGGAGAGUUAGAACUGUACUUUGUUAUUGUCAAUAAUGAAUAUGGAGAGCAAACAGAAGAAGAGCUGCUUCCAGGAGGAAAAAACUUGCGUGUUACCAAUGAGAACGUUAUUACAUUUAUUCAUCUUGUAGCCAAUCACCGUUUGAAUUUUCAGAUACGUCAACAAAGUUCUCAUUUCUUGAGGGGGUUUCAGCUUCUUAUUCAGAAAGAUUGGAUUGAUAUGUUUAAUGAGCAUGAACUUCAGCUUCUGAUAUCAGGAUCGCUUGACAGCUUGGAUGUUGAUGAUAUACGAUUGAACACCAAUUACGCAGGUGGCUAUCAUAAAGAGCAUUACGUCAUAGAGAUGUUCUGGGAAGUUCUCAAAAGUUUUUCAUUGGAAAACCAAAAGAAGUUUUUGAAGUUUGUGACUGGGUGCUCUCGAGGACCCCUCCUUGGAUUCAGAUAUCUUGAGCCUUUAUUUUGCAUACAGAGGGCUGCUGGUAAUGCUUCUGAGGAGGCUCUUGACCGGCUCCCGACAUCAGCUACUUGUAUGAAUCUUUUAAAGCUUCCGCCAUAUAGAAGCAAAGAGCAACUGGAAAUGAAGUUGCUUUAUGCUAUAAAUGCAGAUGCAGGUUUUGAUUUGAGUUGAUUGACCCUGUGCCAUACCAACUAUGCGAUUGUAUGUUAAGUGGAGAAAUCUGUCGUCAGAUAUGUUAAUCCGUGUUUUUGCUUUUACAUCUCUUCUCGCAUGGAAGUGUCAAUGACCAUCUUCAUAGGAGAGUAAGAAGAUCAUAAAGGCCGAGGCGAGGCCGAUUAAAAUGGCCUGUAAAUUAUAAUUUCCGGCCAACCUGCUUAUGAGUUUAAUGUACAUAUGUGAGAUUAUCUACAAAUAGAUCAGCAUUGUGAAAGCACGCACAUGCAUCAUGACCGUUGGUAAUUGAUCUUGUCAAUGUGAUCAUUUUGUAGACUGUAAAUCUUUUAUAAAUUCGCUUAUUAUACAUGUAAGUAGGCCUUUGUAGAAGAAACAGUGCUUUAGCAGUGGGUCUCUCAUUAUCUCUCCUUUUCUCCUCAGCCAAAUCUUACAUAUUUAUUUAUGUAUAAAUGAGAAGGAAUUUAAGUGGUAGCAUAUUUCUGAUAUGCUUCCUGGAGUUAAGAUA